CCGGUCUUCUUGAGGGAUGGGGCGUUGUGGAUGCUUUGGAUCUGCUGACAAGAGCCGCGGGCAUAUGCGCCUGCGUGACUCGUAAACGGGACGCCUGACCUGCUGUGCCGCCGGUGGCCCCUGCAGACGGUGACCGGUCCUGCUGUAAUGGAAGACGACCGCUCGGCGUCCGGCUCGCCAGCCUUCAGCAAGCCGGGCACGCCGAACCCGGCGGCGUUCGACCCGCUCGCGGCGGCAGCGGCUGCUCAGUACCGGCCGCCUUCGCAGUCCAAGUACUCGCAGCUGCUGGCCGUCAUCGAGGACAUGGGCCGCGACAUCCGACCCACCUACUCGGGCAGCAAGAGCAGCGCCGAGCGUCUGAAGCGCGGCAUCGGCCACGCGCGCAUCCUGGUGCGCGAGUGUCUCAUCGAGACGGAGCGCAGCGCCAAGUCUAGGCGGCGGCGGCGGCGAGCCUCGACUCCGCGGACGCGACUCUGGUGA